GAUGCCAGAAGAGCUAUCAAGACAACCAUCUUUUCAUUAAUUUAUUCAUUAUUUAUUCUCUUGUUUAUGCGACAACGCACACCUUCCUUGUUCUGCUGCCUUUUGCUUUCUUCUGUAUUUUGUUUUGAUGUUGGUGGCAUGAGAUAAGUGGAUUCUUGAACACAUUUCUUGCUCAAGAACAGGAUGCUUAACUUGUUCAUACACCUGCCCCUUCAAUCUAAAUCUCUUUGAGCCUAUUUUCAUUUUCUUUCCUUUUUUGGAUUUCCUUUCAACAUCCAUCAAUCUAUCUGCCUGCCCACCGCCUUUAUCUCUCUCUCUCUCACUCUACUUUCCCUCACUGCUACUCCAUUUAUUCCAUUCCUUUUCUUUUGUGCUCUACAUCUGAAUCCUAGUGUUGCUGGAUUCUUCUUUAUCUGCACCAUCACUGCUCAUUAACCCACCCCUUAUUUUCUCUCUUUUUUAUUUCUUUCUUUUUUUCUUCUUCUUUAUUUUCUUUCUUUUUCUUCCUUUAGCUUCAGUUUUAUCUUCUUGGUUUCUGUCUGUGUUUGAAUUUUACAGCCCCAACCUUAAACAUGUUUCUCACCCUGUUCUGGAUUUGAUGUGGGGGUUCAUCUGAAAAAGCUGUUUAUUUGUAGUUGUUAGUGAUUUCAGAUCAGCUCUUUCCUUUUUCUUGUUGGGUUCUUACUGUUAUUGUUAUUUUUGCAAUCAGCUCUCAUUUAUUCUUUUUUCUUUUUUCUUUUUCUUUUUCUUUUUCUGUGUUUAUUAGGUAAUGAUCUAACAGCAGAUAGAGAGUCUGGCCUCAGACCCCCUUUUUUUAAUCAUACCAAGCCGCCUUUUAAAAGAAGAAGAAAAAAAUCUGGUUGUUGCCAAGUUUCUUUUAGGGUUAUAGUUUCAGAACCAUUUAAUUGGGUCUUUGAUUUGGUGCUUUUGAGGCAUAUAAAGCUGGAAAAGCAGAUUUGAUCAAGAACAUGGGGUGGUUGUCAGUGGCAUAUGGGUUGGUUUCAGUGUUUUCAUUGGUGGUGCAUUCAGUGAGUGGCAUUGGUGCCAACUGGGGGACACAGGCAACCCACCCUUUGCCUCCUGAAACUGUAGUGGAUCUGCUGAGGGACAAUGGGAUUGACAAGGUUAAGCUUUUCGAUGCUGAUUACGGAAACUUGAAAGCUCUAGGUAAGACUCGGAUUGAGGUUAUGGUGGGCAUCCCCAACGAGAUGCUUGCAUCUCUGGCUGGCAGUGUCAAGUCUGCUGAGAAAUGGGUUGCUAAAAAUGUCUCUGAACAUAUGACCACCAAUAAUGUUAACAUCAGGUAUGUUGCAGUUGGAAAUGAACCUUUCUUGGAAACAUAUAAUGGGAGUUUUCUCAGGACAACCUUCCCUGCCCUCCAGAAUAUUCAAUCUGCCCUGAUAAAAGCUGGCCUUGGCAACCAAGUGAAGGUCACUGUCCCCCUUAAUGCUGAUGUCUAUGCGAGCUCAAGUGGCCUUCCAUCUGGAGGUGACUUUCGGACUGACAUCCAUGAUUAUAUGAUUCCUAUUGUCAAGUUCUUGAUGGACAAUAAUGCGCCCUUUACUGUCAACAUCUACCCCUUCAUAAGCCUCUAUAUUGAUUCCAACUUCCCUGUUGAGUAUGCAUUCUUUGAUGGCAAUGCAUCCCCGAUAAAUGAUGGUGGGACAUACUAUUACAACAUGUUUGAUGCAAAUUACGAUACUCUUGUUUGGGCCCUUGAAAAAAAUGGGUUUGGGAACCUACCCAUCAUAGUAGGAGAAAUUGGAUGGCCCACUGAUGGGGAUCAAAAUGCAAACUUAGAUUAUGCUCAGCGGUUCAACCAAGGGUUCAUGACCCAUAUUUCUGGUGGGAAAGGAACCCCAAAGAGAGCUGGACCUGUAGAUGCUUAUUUAUUUAGUUUGAUUGAUGAGGAUGCCAAGAGCAUUCAGCCAGGGAGUUUUGAGCGCCAUUGGGGGGUAUUUUAUUUUGAUGGGUCACCGAAGUACCAAUUCAACCUUGGUACCACAAACUCAGGGUCUUUGAUUCCCGCAAGAAAUGUGAAACAUCUGGAGCAAAAAUGGUGUGUGAUGAAGCCAUCAGCUGGCCUUGAUGAUCCGCAAGUGGCACCAAGUGUGCAAUAUGCUUGUGAAAAAGCUGACUGCACUAGUCUUGGGUAUCAGACAUCUUGUGGAGGUUUAGAUGCUCGGGGGAACAUUUCUUAUGCAUUUAAUAGUUACUACCAGACACACAAUCAGCUCGACACCGCCUGCCAGUUUCCAAAUGUUUCAAAGAUUGUCAAAACCGACCCAUCAACUGGAACUUGCAUAUUUAGGAUUGGGAUACAGCAGUAUUAUGGAAGUGCUGAUAGAAAAAAGGGGGGUCUUCAAAGCCCAUUGAUUUUGGUUGGGCAUCUCAUUCUCUUUUUGUUGACCGUUCUGUGAACUUGGAGGAAUUUUAGUUUGUCAGGUAUCAUUUUGUCUCCAUCAUUUUCAAUGCUUUCUAGACUAGUUUGUUAGAAGCUUAGAGCAAUUCGACGAAUAGCAUAAGCUUAGUUCAAAUUUUGCAAUCUAGAAGGCAAACAUGUAAAAUUUAAUUGCUUGGAUGUUUUUUAUGUUAUGAAGUGCAUGAAAUUUUGUGAUU